GAUACUUGUGAUCGUAUGAGAUAAUACUAUAUGAUCCAAUCAGCGUAGUGUCAUCAAUGUACUGGACCAACUCAAUGCUGAUUGGAAGCAUGCCUAGCCUACAGAAGAAAGCCACCAUAGAGCUUUUCAAGGAUAUGAGUGAGUCAGCAUCUGAAGAGGAACCCAAACCUGCUCAGGAAAAUGGAAAUGAACACAAAGAUAAUAAACAGGAAGCAACCGAAGUGAAAGAGCCCAUUGAGAGUUCACAGAAUCCACCAGACAGUUCUGCAUUAGACACCAGCAACCAUGUAGCAAAAGAAGCAACAAAUGAAAUCAAACCCCCAGAAUUAAACUUGGAGGGGCAGCCAGAAAUCUCAACUGGUUCAAAACAGGACUCUGGCAUUGAAGUCUCAAAGAAUAUUGUGGUUAGAAAACCUGCGAAAGUGGUUUUUGAUUUAGAUCCAACUGUAAUGGAUUCAAAGCUAGAACAACCAUGGAAAAAACAUCUUUUUGAAAGAGUGGAGGCAAGAGCUCAAGCAAUGCAGCAGAAAAUAAUAGCUAAGGAUCAUCUGAAGAAGGAACUAGAAAAAAAGGCUGAGAAAAAGCUCCCUAAGGAUUAUUUGCCCAAAGAGUGGCUCAAUACUGAAAACAUGACAUUGAACACUCGUGUAUAUUUGCUUGACAAACUUCUACCCACCUUAGUUCCUGGCGUGGAAAAAAUGUUAAUGCAAGUGGAAAAAGAAAAGCUUUUGGCAGAAGUUGAUAUUACAACCAAGUUUGAUCCGAUUAAUCAUUUGGGGGAAUUCUUAAUGAGAAACAAUCCUUAUUAUAUCAAACACGCAGGAAUGUCUGGUUAUCAAAAUGUGAUGAGAGAUGUCACAGAAGAUCUGAAGAUACAUGUUCCCAGCUCUAUCUGCAACAGAGUCUCUAAGAUGAAGGAGAAGGUUAAACAGCAACAAGAACAAAGAGAAUGCAUAAGUAAAGUCAAAGUCAAGGUGGCCAACACACAGAGACAGGCUCUACAGGAACAGUUCAAUGAAUGGAUUCUAGACCCCCAAGGAAUGAUCCCUAUGCUAGUGAUUCAGAAUGUUCUUCAUGAAUUUUUUCAAAAUUCAGAUUUCCAGCUUGAAGCAUGUUGCAAACAAUUGAAUAUUGCUGACUCAAUGGAACCAAGAUUGAAUAAAAUGGAAUUUACAGAAUAUAUCUUUUCACAGAUUGCAGACUUUAAAAGUGAAAUGUUUGAGGAACUCCUUAAGCACCUUUGCCACUAUGCAGAUGAAUUCCGGGAGGUCAUCAAAGCUGAUAUGCAGAGGCGGAUGUUUGCUGAACUCUUCCUGCAUUGUGACUGUGGGAAGGUAGGGUUUUUGGAUCGGCAGAGGACAUUGGCCUUGCUGGAAACCUUCUAUGACCAAAGUUCAAAAAUGCUUAGACGUUUACUCUGUAACCCAAGACAAUGGCCCUUCAUUGAGUUUGAAGAGAUAGACUUGCCUGAGUUCUGGGGAGAUAUGGAUGAUCAGAAACAUAUAUAUGAAGACUUUGACCUUGGGACAAUAACAGAAGAACCACUCAAAGGAUCAACUGAAGAACAAGAACCAUCCAGAGAGAGAACUCCAGAACAGGAUGUAGACUCAGCUUCCCAAUCAAGGGAAGGUAAUAUCUUAAGAGAAAGUGAAACAUCUAAGGAACACAUUGAAAUCCCUCCACAGAAAGAGCAGACUCAGGAGCAAGCAUAUGAAGAGGCACUAGUCACGAUUUCUGAAGUGCAAGAGGAAGAUCCAGUAUCAAGAACAAAAGAUCACCUUUCAGAACCUGCAAAAAAGGAAGUUCAGAAAGACAAGUUCUGUGAACCCAAGUCCCCAGAAAUAGAAGGAAAGUCAUGGUCAGGUGAACUUUUGACUUGUAACUGGAAGAUGAAGUAUGCCAAAUAUGAAGAUGAAAAACAGGCAAACUUAAUCUAUGGUAACUCCAGAUUCACAGACCUACAUUCAAUUAUCAGAAAUAUCCAGUCUUACAAGGAAGUAAAAGGUCUGAGUGCCUUCAACGGAGUUUCCUUGAAUCUGCUCCAGUUUGUACAACUCCUGGAGACAUUUGUGGGUGAAGAUACCCCCUUGAGUGUCAGUGAGACCCUCACCUCCUUUUUUAAGAGGGGCUAUGCUGAAACAGAAGAAGAGAAAAUAAGUGGCUUAGAAGAGGUUAGGCAAAAUGCUUCCCGAAUCCGACGGGGACUUCUCCUAGAAGCCCUUUUUCAGAAGUGGGACAGUGAUGGCUCAGGCUUCCUGGAUCUGAAGGAAGUUGAUGAACUCUUGUACACAUACAAGGAAGGAAUGGAAAAAGACUCUAUGAAGAAAGCUAAACUGCACAUCCAGUUGCCAAAGCCACACCCUGGUCAUGAAGUGAGGUUGUCUUCCAAACAAUUUCAGAAAUAUAUGGAAUUGGUCGUAUCUGAACUCAGGGGCAAUGAAGAUCAUGUUCUAGAAAGUGUUGUGGAGUUUCUGACGAAGGCUUUGGAAAAGAGCCAUAUAGAGGAUCUGAGGAAUCGUGUCAGACGGAAGUGGCUGCACCAAAUUCAAUGGGCUGCGGAGACAAGUGGGGUGUCCCUGGAGCCAGUGUACACUGAGACCUUUAAGGCCCUCACACAGGACGCUCAAGCCCAUGGACAUAAGAAGAUCAGUGCUCACAUUUCCCUCUUAGAAGAAAAUCUACUACUGCCUCAUAGAGGGAGUGUUCUAUUGAGGAACGUAGCUUGUACUUUAGAGGAUGCUCCAUUUGUACUGAACAAAGUGCUCUACAGGGACAUGAAGGGAAUCAGUUUUACAGUGGUGGAUGAAGGGACGCCAAUACACGUCCCCCAAGUUCAACAUCAUGGGAACAUUUUCUUCUGGAACAAUUCCCACCAGAAGACUGAUCAAAAUGGAUCAUUCCUGGCUCUGCCUCUUCAGGAUGCACAUAUGAGGAUCUUUGGGGUCAUGGCUGUUGACACACUAAGAGAUCCCCAUAAAAUAAACAUCUUCUUACCUCAUGAGAUCAGAUUCUAUCAGGGUGUUGCCAAUGCCUUUAGCACCGCCUAUCACUAUGUUCACAGCAGGGAGCACAUCCUGCAUGUCGUGAUCACUGGCAUCAGCUGGCUCUAUGACGUCGCUCCGGGCAUUACCACCAUUACUACAUCCUUCAUUGAGCCUAGUCCAGAGAAGGGUUCAGACUAUGUAUUACGCAAUAUGAUGGUUACAGGGCCCCAGGGUCUAACAGAAAUCCACAAAAAUCCCCCUACCAUCUUCAGGAAGACAUGCAUCUUCAGAGAUUUCCUCUUUAAGUGUACGGACAGUUCCGAAGUUGUUUUGGCCUCUGUCCGUGGAGAAAAACACAUGGUAAUUCCACUUCGUGAGAGAACAGGAGAGGCUUUGGGAGCUCUCGAUUUCAACAUUGGCAGGAGUAGGAUGUUGUUGUAUGGAGAAUUUAAAGAUCUACAGAAAAUGAUGAAGGUGAUCCAAGCUGCCUGCUAUGAAAUACUGGGCGAAUUAUCUGAAGAAAUCAAGAAAACCCGUGUCUUAGAGAUUGAAUAUGGAGGAGAAGUCCAGCGGGCAGGCGUUCUCUUCUUCCGAAUCAUGCUGCAAGAGCUGCAGGAGAGCAUCCGACUGCUGACCUCCAUGAACUUUGUAUCACUGUUGCUCUAUGAUUAUGAUCCUUUAGCAGAGCCAAAAUCUCCACCAGACAGCCAGUCCCAGGAGUUGGAAGCUAAUGUAAAACUCAUACGUGACAUCCUGACAGCAGUUAUCUUGUUCUUUCAUCCAGAGUUGGAAUUAUCAAGCGACUUGGGAAAUUGGGAUAAGUGUAAAGUGUACGUUAACAGAUACUUAGUCGAGAAUAUUUGUUCCUUUGAUCCAACUGCUAAGCAUGUGCAAGUUAACGUAAAGCUCAUUGGUGAAUAUAUCAGAGAUCAUUCUCGAAUCGAAGUAUGGAAAUUUGGUAAUACUGUUAUCGAGUACCUAUACCACUGGUUACGCAUCUGUUUAGCUCUCAUGGAGCUAAACAAAAAACAAAAUAGUGCUAUUACACCCCCAUUGCCUUCCAAGACUGACUCCUGUGUGUAUGCAAAAAUGCCAGGUGGAGCUGCUAGCUCAGGAGUUAGUCAACAUCCCACUAAAUCUGGCCAGUUGCCUGUUAUGAUCAAGUUUUAUUGGAAAAGCCAUGCCCAUAUUGUCUACGAAACUUUCACACUACACGUGCAGAGUAAAGUAGCUGCCAGAGACCUAUGA